AUGUCGGCGAUGGUGAUUAUGGAUCAAAACAUCAUAAUCGCAUUGGUGUCAUCUCUCCUGAUGUUGAUCUUGCGGCCAUUGAUUGUAGAUAUCAUCCUGGUAAGCAAAAAGAUCUGGGGAUUCUUGCGCACACUUACAAAAUACCUAGUGCAUGAUGGUACCCUUGCCGUCGACUCGAAGGUGCUUGAUGAUAGCCGCGCACCGCCAGUGCAACUAGUUGGUUGCGGCGAAUUGACCUCUGGUGACAUAGAAAUUGUCACGACGAGGCUAGGUGUGACCGGGUGGAGGUACCAAGGGUGUGAAGGAAUUGGUGUCGUAGAUGAGUUGAUGGACGGUAAGCAAGCGAGCGAGGACGAGAUGGAGGAGGCCUUUUAUGUUUUCGACCGUAACGAGGACGGGUUCAUAUGCGCCGGAGAGUUGUGGAGCGUGAUGAGGAGGCUAGGGUGGAAAGAAGGGGCGAUAUAUGAGGAUUGUGUAAGGAUGAUCCGCGUCUUCGACGAGGAUGGAGAUGGGAAGAUCAGCUUCCUCGAGUUUAGAAAGAUGAUGGAGAAUGUCGUUUAG